AUGACUGAAAGUGGUGGUGAUUUACCUGUAUGGUCAGAAGCAGUUGAUGCUGUUGGUGGACGGCUUCAGCAGCGAUGUGCACCAUGUUGGCUUGAUAAGAAGACAAUCCCUGCAAGUGUCUACUGUAAGAACUGCAAGGAGUUCCUGUGCGUGGAAUGUUCGUUUUAUCAUAAGCGGUUUUCCUUUAUGUCUGAUCAUGACAUUGUUGACCCGCAUCAAGCAGAAGAACCUGGAGAACAAAGGGUCAAAAUGUAUGGGUAUGACAAAUGCUCAGUACAUGGUACUUCUGUUGAAAUUUACUGCGAAGAUCAUGACGUAUUCAUUUGUGCAAAAUGUGCCUUUUCAGACCAUAAACGAUGUGAAAAUGCAAAGCACAUAAGUGAAUUUUCUAUCGACACUACACUUGAAGCAUUCAAAGAAAAAUUAACAAAGUGUUGUGAAACGGCAUAUAAAUUCAUUGAGAGCGUCAAUGAAAUCGGUAACAAAGAAAAAGAAAAGGGUAGAGCAAAGGCUGAACAAAUAAAAUCAGAGUUUUGUGAGAAAAUAGAUAAAGAAUUAGCAGAAUUUGUAAAUGAAAUUGAUUAUAAAGCGGAUAGCGCCAGGUCUUCAUUUCAACACAACGUGGCUGAAGUUUCAAACAUUCACCUUGAAUUAGAAAUGUGGAUGAAAAAUCUAUGUGCUGCAAUUCAAAACGGUUUAAGUGUCGAAAGCUUUAUUCUAUGCAAAUCUUUGAAAACCAGUGUCAUGAAACAUGAAGAGUUUCUUAAACAACAAGUUAUAGAAGAUACUUAUAUCACUACAUGUAUAAACACAGAAUAUGUGUUCAAGAAGAAAAGUGAUAUAACUGUGCAAGUCAAUAGCUCUGACUUUGAACAUCAAGAUAAGGAUUCAAAACUCAACACCGUGAGCAGAACUAUAGUUUCAGUAAACAGAAAGGCUAUGGUGCCAGUGAAGACUUAUAAGAACAGUCUCUACAUCAGCGUCCUACUUCUCUAUAUCAAGGUUCAACUGCUCAAUGUUUCUUUGUAG